AAUUUUGGUGAUUUUGAUUUUGACAGUUUGAAAACAAAUCAAAUUUUUGUUAGUUGAUAGUUCCCACAAAAUAAAAUAUUAAAUAAAUAGUAAUUGAUAACAGUUAAGCGAGGGACUGGACCUUUGAAAGUACUGCCUUUUUCUUUCGACCGACAAAACUAUUGCAGUUCAACUUCAGUGUCUUUAUUUAGCUGUUAAUUAGCUGCUCAGGGGUGCGUUGGGGUCACAACUCAGAUUUGUUUUUUUAUUAAUUUUCUAUCUUAAGUUCAAACAUUCAAUAGAAUGGAUAUUUAUUUUAUUUAGUCUUUAAAUACAUUUUUUAUUCUAUCAUGGAAUCAGUAUUGUCUUCCGACGAUAGUUGCGACCGGGAAAUAAAAAGUUUAAAAAAUCAAUUAACCGAAUACGGAUUGGAUGAAGAUAAUUUAAGUAAAGAGGAAAUGAUUGAUUUACUAAAAGCUCUUACAUACUCAAAGACAACAUUACAAGAAGAGGAGGCAUCAAAAACGGCAGAUAUUGGAGCCUGCAAAACACCUCCAAAAGUUAUAAUGAAGAGAAGACAUUUGAAUGUAAAAGAUAGGCGCAUGCCUUGGAGUCUUUUCCCAAACCCCUUAACACCAGCAGAGAAAGCGAGGACCCUUGCUGCAUAUAUAAAAGUAAUGUCAAUUAACAAUUAUCGCCAAGCAAGGCAGUCUGUCAAUUUAGCUUCUUGGCCACUGCCAAUACAGAUUGUUGAAUCAACAAGAGUGCAACCUCUACGUGCAACUAGGAGUGGUCGCUCGGUUCCUGUGUACACUGACUUUGAUGAUGAUUCCUCUGAUUUUGAUCAGAUAAUUACAAAAACAAAGAAAAGGAAAGUAUCAACCAAUGAACAGAAUGAAGUAGUGAAUACAAAGAAAGGGUUAAGUUUAAAGCGUAAAUUGCCAAAAGAUGAAAAUAAUAGACCAGUAAAAGAAGCUAGAAUCAUUGAAAUACAUAAAACUGAAUUGGAUAGCCAUGAUGUCUACUCAAUUGAAGACUGAAAUUUCUAGAUAAUAAAGAUAUUUGAAGUAUGAAUAUAUUAGUUGCAUGCAGUUAUAGCAUGUGUUUAUUAUGAGUAUAAAUUGUUAGUAUUAGAUUAAGAAAAUUCUACAAGAUAACAAUAAUAGUUAUGAUGUGGGUUAUCAGAAAAUGUAUGUGAAAAAUUAGUGCUCAUCCAUGAUUGAAACUACUUAUUUAUUUAUUUACUUAUAUAAAAUGGACACUUUUUAGAUUUUGUAGUAUUUAAUGAUUUUUAAAAUGUAGUAUAGUGUGCAAAUUUUGGGAAAGGACUCGCCAUAAUAUUUGCAUCUGUGUCAACUGUCAUGUCAAAUGUACAGCUUGGAUGUACAGUUGAAUAUACCAAAUCGUACUUUUGACAUGAUAGUUGACAAAUAGAAUAGAAUGGGAGAACGCACAACAGACGGGAACGUUUAAGUGCGGAAACCAGCCUAGGAGAAGAAAGAAAGUGGUGGGAGAAUUUACACACUAUAUUAUUUGGAUUUUGAUGACCGUUGACGAUCGUGAAAAAUGUUGCUGUUACUAAUACUAAAAUUAUUAUUAUUUAUACUAAACAGUGACACUUCAUGGCGCAGUCGCCAAAUUCCAUUGCCAACAAAAAUUUGAAAUAAUUUGUACAAUCAUAAAAAAACCUACAUAACGAGGGACAGUCAAUCAAUUUUUUUUAGUCCUGUUAAGAAUAGUUUCUGAACUGAUUGAAGACAAUACACAGUUUAAAUGGGUGGGUUUAAAUAGUUACAUGUUUUUGCAUAGGAGUUUCUUAACACUCAAGUAAGUGAACGCUAUUUUUAAAUUAGUAAUAUAAGUUAGCUUAUUGCCUAGAGACAUGAUGUCAUCUCUCAAUGGCCAAUAGGAAGCCAGUAAACAUUGUAUAGGAAGCUUUUGAGACUUGAACAAAAAGUUUGACUGUCCCUUUAAUAGUAUUACUGAAGAAAUAACACAAUUAUUAGCUUUACUCCUAUUAAAUAUUUUACCAUUGUUUC